AUGUAUCAUUCACAAGGUGCAGCCUCGGGCGGCGGCGGCGGCGGCGGCGACGGGGGAGGAGCUCUCACUGCCGCCGCGACCUACAGCCGAUUUCCAAAGAUUUCAACGUUUGAGGUCAGCCCGCAGGAAAUAUUUUUUCGUGACUUUGAGCCCCACAAGACGUACGAAUCGCCGCUGCAUCUCAAAAACACGACAAAACAGACGCAGUUUGUCCAAGUUGGGCAGCCACAAAGCCGGGUUCUGGCGCUGAAGCCUCCGCGGCAUAAUGUCACCUCCAUGAAGGUUGCGCCUGGUCUCUCUGUUACCUACAAAGUACUCUUUACACCCGAGGAGAACCGUAACUACUCUUGUGACCUUGUCGUCACAACAGGGAGGGAAGAAUUUACUGUCGCUGUGCAUGCCAUUGUGAGCCGAGGCAAACUCACGUUGCCGGAGUCUUUGACAGUGGCACCGUGUCCUGUGAAAAGUACUGGCACAACUAGUCUUUUUCUCCGAAACACGGGAAAGCUGGAGUGCCAGUGGCGUGCAGAGACGUCUUCGCCAUUCACUGUAACCCCAUCUUCUGGCUUGUUGGCUCCAGAUGGGGGUGUUUUUCCCGUAAGUGUGGAAUUUGCGCCAAUGAAGCUUCAACGAUAUGAAUCGGUCAUUCGCUUCCUCCUUGGCCCGGAGGAAGAUAUGGUGCAAAAGCUUCCAGUCAUUGGAACGGCGGUAGAGGUGGAUGUGGUGUUAGAGCAAACCACAUUGGAGUUUCCAUGUACCUUUGUGACACUGGAGAACCAGGCUUUAGUGCGUGUGCGGAAUGACAGUGGUUACACCGUUAACUUUUCAUGGAAAUCUGAUCGCAGCAACUCCGAAGAACGAAGAGCCUUGGAGCGAAAUUUGUUGGAGCAGACUGAGGCUGUCACGUAUUCCGUCCUGACAAGCUCACCAAAUGAGGCGACUCGAAAACGUCUUAGGGAGGAACGUGUCAAAGCUCUUACAAAAGGAGGACGUGUGUUUGACGAUGACGUAUUCACUCUUGAACCAACUAGUGGUACCAUCUACGCAAAGGGCAGCAAGGAGUUUGUUGUCACAUUUAACCCACAACUCGCCAUGGAAUACCUUGCCACUGCAUAUCUUGACAUUGGUGGCAGGCGACUGCGACUCCCUCUUCAGGUAAGAGGAACAGGUCUCGGUCCUCAGUGCGAACUCGAGUACACCCGUCUUGAUAUUGGCAAUAUCUUUGUUGGCGCCUUACAUGAGUAUCAAGUAGCUAUUAUGAACAAGGGAUGUGUGGAGGCACGUUAUGCCGUUCUCCCACAAGAUACGCUCAUGGGGCGAAAGUUUGUGUUUCAUCCCGCUGAAGGCGUAUUGGCGCCUGGGACAGAAGGGGAUCUUUUUAUUCAGCUUCAGUCAGACCUUGUGGGUCUUAUUUCUGAGACCUUCCAUAUUCACAUACAUGGAUCCCUUGAAGACCUGACACUGCGCAUUCGAGGAAGUGUCACAGGACCGGCGCUUCAGUUUGACAUGGAUGAAUUAGACUUUGGAAAUGUUUCAUACAACUGGUUGCACUCCCGUGUUAUAAAAAUGUUAAACAUUGGGCAAAUUCCGAUUGACUUCCGCCUCCGCAUUCCAGAGUCAAGUCCGUUGCACAAGGUCAUUACGGUAUCUCCCUCGGAGGGCAUCAUUCCACCAAAACAGGAGCAGGAAAUCCACGUGAGCCUUGUCUCCAACAUUGUAGGGAACUGUGAGACGGUGUUAUUGGUGAAUGUGGAGGGAGUUGGCGAUGGGGUGGAUUCAAUUCCCAUCAAAGCGGCUUGUCUUGUGCCAACACUUCAGCUUUCCACGGAAAAAUUGCACUACGGUACAUGUUUUGUUGGCCACGAGUAUAUCAUGAAUCUGGAGGUUGUCAACAAGACGGCUCUGCUUGGGAAAUAUGAGGUGAUUUUGCUGAAUGAAGAAGGAGUUCGAGCGGCAAAUGCCCUUGUUGUCAUUGACUCUCCAGAGAAGUCACAAACCGCCAAGGUGAUCGAGCCUCGUAGUCGGUCUCAGGUGCCAGUCAAACUCACACCAUUGGCUGUUGGUGGUUUACACAUGACUUUGUACGUCCGCGUACUGGGCUCGGAUGAACCGCCGCUGCCUGUUUUAUUGACGGCAACAGCACGUGGCCCAACAGUAACGGUGGAGCCCAUGUCCCUUACGUUCGGUACAUUGAUGUUGCUGGAACAUUCAGAGCGGAAAUUUGUGUUAAAUAAUACGAGCCCUAUUCCUGCCUUUUUUUCCAUAAAGUUUAUGCAGAAUGCUAGACACACUACCCAAUCUGUCUUUCGCGUUGAUCAAUCACGGGGGGAGAUAGCCCCCCACAGCAGUACAACCGUUAAGGUAACGGCAUGUCUUAACGAUGCGCGGUUGUUUUCGGAGAAGAUUCAAGUCAUUGUGAAAUAUGCUGAAGACGAUGCGCAGAUUAUCUCUGUGACGGCACAUGGUAAAGGCUACGCUUUGGUUCCCACUGUGCCUAUUAAUAAAAUUGAUUUUGGUGACGUUUUUACCGAGACACUGGCAGAGAAAGAGAUUUGCUUACGUAAUGAUGGGCAGCGUGCCAUUGAGGUAUUGUGGAGUGGCGGUCGCGGCAAUCGUGUCAUAGUGGGUGGUCCGCCUAUCGUGUACCGUAUUGUUCCAGAGACCGCCGUGAUCGGCGCCGGAGCCUGCUUCACAUUUACGGUUCAAGGCCUGGCAGAUGCAGCUGGGGUCGUCACGGAGGAGUUUCAACUGAAGGAUAAAAGAGAGUUUAAACCGAUUCUCACCACAUGUGUCACUGGGAACUUUGUUCUGCCUGCAAUUGCCUAUAGCACAAAGCGGGUGGUCUUUGACUACGUUUACGGUGCCGAGGGUGAGAUCGGAAACGCGGUCAUGAUGAGGACAUUUACGAUGACGAAUACAACAACACAAUCGCUGGACAUGACACUCAAAUGCGUAGAGGCAUCUGGUGGGGGCCAUUCUCCCUUCACUUUGGUCAGUCCUACAUCCUUUACGCUAAUGAGUGGGGAAACGCAUAUUGUGGCUGUCAAUUGUGAUGCACUCUACCGCCAAGACUGCGUCGCUCACACGACAAAGGGUCGCAUUUUGGUUGCAUUCACCAAUCAUCCCUUUACGGAGUUUGUUAGCCUGGUUGGGAAUAUUGCAUUUCCAACCAUUAGCAUUGAACCGGAGGAUCGACAAGUAAAUUUUGGUUCUAUUCUCGCAGAUACUGAGGGACGCUCAAAACUUACUCUUACAAACCUGUCAUCGUUAGUGGCGGCCGAAUUUGCGUGGAGUAUAGAGUACCAUAAUGAGUCUUUAUCAAGUCGAGCUGAGACAAUGCAAAAACGUUUUGACCUUGUCCCUUUUAGAGGGGUUAUUCCUCCGGGAGGAAAACGCGUUGUUGAUGCCGUCUUUUACGGCACCCGAGGUCGACAUGAGGCCACAGCAACAUGCAUGUUGAAAGGGGGGCCGAGUUACGAUGUGAGUUUAAUUGGUUGGAGUGACGCCGCCGUGCGCUUUGACUCCACAAGUCUUGAUUUUGGGGUGAUGCAUUUCUCGGAGAGGGCCAAAAAGACAAUCUCCAUCUCCAGUAUUGCUCAUGUUGCCAUUCCCUUUACGGUGGACACCGCUAUGCUUAAACAGCCUGGGUGUAUGGUGGUGAAGCCGUUGAGUGGUAUAGUGUCCAAUAAAGUUGUGUUGACGGUGUCGUUUUGCCCGAUGAUUCCAGAAGAGGUUGUAGAGACAUUCUCCGUACAGGUUGGUCAUCUUGACCCACAACUCAUCACAGUGCGAGGCAUGGGUCAGGCAUACACUGUCACGGUGGCUUCCACUGACAAAAAUGCGCUGUUGACCCGGAUAGAGGAUCCACAAUACACACGUUGUCUAGAAGAACUAAAGGACAAGAAGUGGGUGCCGUACCUUGAGAGGUCUGGUUACCCGCAAACAUUGCCGGGUGUGGUGCCUCUUGUGGUGGAGGCUGAGCGGCUGGCGUACUGUCGUAAUCUUAUGCUCGCAGCGAUGAUCCCAGAUAGCUCAACGAGCACACCAACACUCUUUCCCACCGUCACGCACGCGAAGAACAUUGACACUGAGGUUUUAAGGAGAGAGAAAACGACUGUGCUCGCGCGAUACGCGAUAGACUUUGGACAUAUGACACGACUGGAGAUACGCAGCGUUAAGUUGUCUCUGAUCAAUACGUCUAUUUACCAUGUGGGUAUUGUUUUUGACAAGCAGGUGAUGGAGCUGGGGGUGCUGAAUAUGGAGCCGCGAAAGAUACCUACAUUGCCCCCGUUUUCAGCAACGGAUGUGACGCUGUCACUGGCCCCUAGCGACACUGAAAAGGUUGCAAAUGGUGCAAACCGUUUUGAAUUUUUUCUUGAUAUAAAUAAAGGUUCACGUAUUAUUAUUGAGGUGUUUUGUUUUGUUGCGGCACCCGCCUUAACACCAUGUGAAACCGUCCUAGACUUUGGUGAUGUGCUUCUUGGACGAAUUAAGAAAACUCCACUACACUUCCACAACGCUGAGGUUAUCUCAUGUACGUGGCGAAUGACAUUGAUUGAAUCCAAGCGGAAGCCGGCUACAGACUCAGAUGCUGAUGCUGCCGCUGCUGUUUGUAAUCCUUCGCUUGUUGCCUCCAGACAGCAGUUCAGGGUCAAUAAGGAACGUGGAACUCUUCCUCCUCAGUCUUGCAUGAGUAUCAUGGUGAGUUUUAUGUCUUUUGUUCGCGGUCCUGCGAAGGCCAAACUGCGGUUGCGCUAUGCCUCAAACUCAGAGGAUCACUAUGUGUUAUUUAAAGCCAAUGUUGUGGGUGUGAAUGUGGAGAUUUCUCCGUCCCCGCUGGUCUUUCCACCGAUGUUUCCGUGUCAAACCAUGAAAAACAGUUUCACCAUCAUUAACAACGAGGACAGACCUGUGGAGGUGUUCAGCAUGAACUUUGAUGAGAGGCAUCGUGUGUGUAUUGGUGUUUUACAACGUGCCUUGGAAAUGCAAAAGACGACGUUGGGAGAAGAAUGUGAACUUCAUCUACCUAUUCGGGAAGCCGGCGAAUUUCUGCCACAACCUCUCUUGGAGCUUGUCUUUACGGAUAUACAACGGGAGGAUUUGGUGCUUGAAUACAAGGAUGCGGAGGGAUUAGAGAGUGAUACUGUACGUGAAGGGAUUUCUACAAGUCGUCUCCCUUCAAGAAGGGCGCGGCACUCGCAGCUGCGUAUAGAUGCGCCAGCGUCGUCAUCACGCCACUCGGACAUCUUUCUGGGCGAGACAUCUGAGGCCCAACCCUUGGUCAAAGGCGAGAGACAACUUGUGAUUGUCACAGGCCCACCGUUUUCGGGAAAGACAACACAAGUACGGCAGUUGAUGCAGACAUCAGACGUGCUGCAGAUAGACUUGGAUGCCAUGGUGCGUGCGGAAGCUGAAUUUGAUACAGCGGAGGGGGAGCUAAUUCGCACCAUCCUCUCUGAGCGGGAAGAAAACCGUGCAGCAUGGGUUAGUGGAAGUGCCGUUAACGAUUAUACUCCACUUCCUGCAGAGAAGAUUAUGGGCUCUAAUGAAGUAAAAAUACUCUAUGCGCUUUUGAUACGUCAUCUUUCUACCGUAAAGUCUGCUGUGCUUGUGGUGAUAGAUGAUGUUAAAUCGAUUCUUACCGUUGAUCGGGAGGCUGUAUUGCUUGCCAUUGAAAAUGCAGCUUCUACCGUAGGACGUACAUUGAAGAUUGUUUCUCUCGGCGUGAGUGAGGCAGAAGCAGGACUUCGGCGUGGUCUUGAGGUGCAGCAGAAAUGUCGUGAGACUCUAGAAGCGGCUGUGACAGUGCCCCUUACGGAGGAGGAGUAUGAACAGUUAGGCGUGGAGGAGCGUGAUGCGUACGAUCGUCGUUUGUUGUACUUUAAUGCGUGUAAACGGGCCCUUGCUGAUGCCUCCAACGAGGUCUCCCGCUACACUGCGGAGCUGGAGAAAAACCCACAGCCAACAGUGCAAGAGGAGGUGGAUGCACAAAUAGCGGCGAGGGAGGAAAAGGAAAUACUCGCGCGAUCAACUUCAAAAGGUAAAAAAAUUGUACCGCAGCCGCGUCCCAGGCAGCAAUGGGCCCAACUCUCUGAACUUGACCAAUACAAGGAACUUUACGAACUACUGCGCCGCACAGAAGGUGAUGGUGCGCAUAUUGUGCUCAACGGAGAGGAAAACGAAAAACACGUAAACGCAGCCAUCGUGAAGCAUAUUUUCUCAUCUAAUUGUACUUCAACUCCAGUAAAACCCAUCUCAGUGCCAUGCGAUGAAGCAGAAGCUCAAGAAGCAAAUAUGAGUUUUUUUCCGGAUGAAAGGCGUAGUGGUGUUUGGGAGCUAAUUACGGAGAAAACGAUAGGGCAGAAAAAUAUCCGAUUUGACGAAUUUCGCUUCUUUACUACUGUUCAACGAGAAGUAGCAGUAAAGAAAGCGGCGAAGGGGGCUCCUGUGCAGACGAUGUUGGUAAUGGAAGAAGCCACGCGAUGGGUGGUGCCGCCCAAGUCAUCGGUAGAAGUUACUGUUGUUUUUUGUAGUGAUACUUUGGGCAAGCUGAACGUUUCCUUCACGUUUGGUGUGACAGGCACAAGUCAGGAAAUUAAGUUGGAUGUCGUUGCAUGCACUGCAUAUCCGGAGAUUUGCCGAGAUGACAAAAAAAUAUUUCCUGUCACCAGGUCACGUCUUGUUGCUGGCAAGCAAUUAAGUCGUGUAUUUGUGACAUCAAAGAGGACGUAUGACUUUGGUCCGCUUAUUGUUCCAGGAGGAACGACCGGUACGCAAUUGUUAACUGCAAGGAAAAGUGGGCGAUCGAGUGAACUAGGGAGCAUUUUAACCAAGAGUGGCACUUUAACUAGUAAGGAAAAUGGCGCACUGGACACAAUGACCUUUACAAAUACUAGCAUCUUCCCCGCAGAGGUUUCACUACUAUUUGGAAAAGAAAAGGAUAACACAUUCUCAGUGACGCCAAAUAAGUUUACUUUGUCUGUGGGAGAAUCGGCAAAGGUGGUGCUGCGCGCUGUCCCUGAAACUAUUGGAGAAGCAUCAUCAACCCUCGUUGUUACAGUGCGAGACAAUCCCACACCCUGGUUUGUAAAUGUGUCAUGCAUAGGCACGCGACCAGCAGUAACCCUGGAUGGAAAGAAGGAGUUGCUGGUGCAAUAUGGACGUUGUCUAAUAAGGCGUCAGGAUAAGAAAGCCAUUACCAUUGCCAAUGACAGUUUGAUGCCCAUUCGCUGGCGCCUUUCAGGGGUUGAGAAGGCUCCAGUGGAGUUUGAACUAAGCUCCACUAGUGGCCUUCUUGAUGUGAAUGGCAUUUACCCGUUGGAGGUUUUCUUUAAACCCACUCGCCCUGGUGUUCACAAUGUGGCACUCAAGGUAGAGGUGACCGACGCUGAAGAAACGUUGUUUGAGUCACUUCCUUUAUCAAUUAAGGCGGAGGCUCAUGAUGUUGUGGUGGAGUGGACGCGUCAUGUUGAUUUUAAACUUAUGCAUGUGGGUGAAACAAGGAAGGGGACAAUCCUCAUCCUCAACAAAAGCACAUAUGAGGUGGGUUACCUUCUACGUUUACCCAAACCACUACAGGGUCUAAUCACACUUAAUCCGAGUGAGGGGAUACUGCGUGGGUUGGUGGGUUUCAAGGACGCAUCACUGGCAACUGUGGAGGUGACGAUUUGCUUUGACAAGGAAGGCGAGAUCCCGGCAUCACUUGGUGUGAUUGAGGCUUCCUUCUUUGGCCCCGUCACAAAUGAACUGCUUUUCCCUGUGCAAAGUAUUUCUGUGAGCGGGGAAGCAUGGUACAAUCGGUUUACAAUUAAACCCUCUUGUAUAGACUUUGGAUCAUGCGUUGCCAAUCAGAGUAAGCAGUGCUCUUUUGAACUACGCAACACCGGUCGGUUUUCACUCAAUUUUAGACUUUUUAACUACAAAAAUGGUUCUGCGUCAUUACAGCAGGAGGAUGAGGAAGGCAGCGGCAAAAAGCACCGAAAGUCUGCAAAAUCAGAUGCCGUAUUUCAAUUGGGUGCCUUUACGGUCUCUCCAACUACAGGCAGUGUUGCUGUUGGGGAGAGCUUUUUGUUUCAGGUGAGCAUCGUACAAGGAACGGCGUCAUGUCAUAAGGAGACGCUUGGCAUAUACAUAGACCACUGUGACUCAGAGACAGAGGCAAAAGGAAUCCCAUUUGAGCUUGUUGCCUCCACAACAACGCCUGGUAUAGUGGCUGACCUCUCAUCUCUGCUGGAUGUCGAAACGAUCUUUGAAGAGCAACAUGUGGUGACAACUUACUCUCAACGCAACAAAACAUUGCGUGCUUACUCAAGGGAGACUCGUACCUUUCACUUUGGCUCCAUUCUAGUUGGAAGUCGGGCGGAGGAGCGUUUUCGCAUUGCCAAUUCCAGUCCACUCACAUGUACCGUGAAACUACAACUUCUGCCACCAAACCCACGCGAGGGGAAAGAAAAGGAGAAGGAGAAGAAGGAAGCGGAGCCCGUAACUUACCUGGAUGGAUUUCAGUUGUUGAUUGAUGGAGAGCCAGAGAAAUCGAAUAAGCUUCAGCUGCCAUCGUUUGAGAGUCGCUUUGUCACGGUCAGCUUUAGUCCUCCCGCAUUACAGUGUUUUGGGGCCCGGUUUGAAGCUGUGGUAAUUGGUGGAACUGAUCCAAAGACGAGUGUCUUAGUGUUUGACCUUGCCGGGGAGGGUGUUCUUCCGACGGUGGAGUACAUCCUUCCGCCGCGGCUUCAGAUACCAUUUAACAUCAGUCUACCAGCGCCGGUGAAAAAAGGCGGCAGGGGGAAAGCAAAAGAAUCAAGGAAAUUGACGAUGCAACAGAUGCUGAACGUUGCGGCAGAGAAUCUUCUCGCCGACACCAUUCAGUUACCAUUGACACUGGUUGGAAAAAUGACGUCAAGAACAUUUACUGUGCGUAAUACAGGGGAUAUGGACGCCCACAUUCGUCUGUCGACUCCAGAUGUGUUCCCGAAUGACAUGGAUGUCACGAAUUUGAGAAACGAUUUAUUUCUUCCAGUGGGUGCUGCUGAAUCAUUUGUACUGUCUUUCACACCCACAUCGAUAGAAAAACAUCGGGUGCGGUUGCGUGUCUCUGUGACAGAAAAUCCAUACGAAGACCGAGAGUUUUGGGUUGUGGCUGAAAGCUACUUCAACGUUAUCAGUUUUGAAAACAUUGAUCCUGGAAGCGAGGACCAACUCACGCUGGGCCAUUGUUAUGUCUCACAUCCUGUGGAGCGUGUGGUGGUGCUCUGUAAUAACAGUCCACAUGCGAUUCGCUUUAACUGGAGUUGCCCCUCUUCCAUUCUUCAAUGCAGUCCACAUGUGGGCCACAUUUCACCAGGUUCAUCAAAGCAGUUAACGUUGCGGCUUUACACGGACGUGGUAUCGAGUGAGACAAUUUCCUGCGUCUUUGGAGUGACGUCUAUUGAAGUUAUGGGAGGAGAGGAUUGGGACAAUGCGCAGACAAAACCUAGAUGGGUUGUCGUUUCCUCCGAGGAGGCAGAGUCUGGGGAAGUCUCUAUCUCCUCGGAGAAUGAGUCUCGUAAGAAUGUUCGUAGAGUUUUUGAAACUGUUCCAGAGCCCUUGUACAAUGCUACCAAUGAUCUCGUGUUGGAAAAGUUCUUUUACGUCAGCUACGCCUGUGAUUUUGCCGCUUACAAAGUUACGCUACCUAUGAGUGGGGAUGUGGAAGUUUUUGACACUCUUACAUUCCCUUUAACAAAAAUUUUUCAGAGACGAAUUGCUGUACUUCGAGUACAAAACACGGGAUUAAAUGUGUUACCCUUUAAUUUUGAGGUAAAUGACCCUCUGCAACGUUUGGGUAGUGCGUCGGAUACCGCUGGUGUAUUCACUGUGGAACCCGCCUCAGGCAAGGUUGAGCCUCGCACGUAUCAGGAUGUGCGUGUGACAUUUGCACCGAAGACUAUUGAAGAUGCUUCUCAGGUGCUUAUUGGUUCCUUUCCUCAUAGUGCGCAGCCCAAAUUUCAUGUUUCGCUUCAAGGGACUGCUGAGUGUCCGUUGGUCCACUUCAACGUACCUCCAUGUGAUUACUUGGCCUUCCGUAUUGAUGGUGAGGCGGGACCGGAGUUGAACCCUGAUAUCAUUCCCAUCAUGUUUUACUCCUGUGGGCUGCAGAGUAAGUGCACUGUCAGCUUUAAAGUCAUUAACCCCAGCACAACAACGUAUCGCUUUGAGUGGGUGAACGAUCCUACGUUGCAGCGAAUCUCGCCGUUUCGGUGCCUAACACCCUCUGGUUCUAUUUCAGCUGGAAAACAGUACGAAAUGACGUUUGAUUACACCUCCAGUUCCAUCGGCAUUCGUGAGGCAAAAUGGACUUUUUUUAUUUCAGGUCAUAUGUCUGUCCCAUUUUUGCUGGUGGGUAAAACUGAGGAGCCCAAUGUGUUUCUGCGUGUGACUCGGGUGAACUUUGGUGGUGUGACAGUGGGGAACAAGAAUGAACGUAUUAUUGAGCUCGAGAAUCGUGAAGAUAUUUCCUUUACGUUUUCAUUUGACCGCUCGGUGCUUGGCAGCGACAAGUGCCCUGUGGGUGUGAGACCGUUGGGUGGAACCAUUCCGCCGCGGUCAGCCAUCCCUCUUACGGUAUCGUUUACUCCAAAGGAUGAAACCUCGGUGGACAUGAGGUUGAUUUGCCGAGUAAAGCGGAUGAGUGACCCGCUGACAAUAAAUGUUAAGGGCGAAGGUCUUUGUAUUCAUUCCGUGCUGACAAUCGAGGAAGAAGACGCAGAUGAUACGGCAGAGCCUGUUAUCGUGCUACCUUCGCAGAUCUUUUAUUUUAACUUGGGUCGUGUGCAUGUUGAGACUGUGGUUAAAAAGCGUUUUGUUCUUACAAAUGAUGGUCAGUGUCCCAUGGACUACAUCAUGGUGGUACCAGAGCACCGCUUCAUUCGAGUUGAUCCUCUCUUUGGCACAGUGGCUCCGAAGCAGCGAGCUGUGAUUAUGCUGGUGUAUUCUCCGACAGAAGAGGAGACGGUGCGCAACUUUAAAAUUCAAUGCAAGGUUGAGAAGACGAUUGUGUACAACAUCCGAUUGGGAGUCAUCAGUUAUGUGCCGAAGGUGCAAUUUGGAUUUAUGAAGCAUGAUUUUGGUCCCUGUUUCAUCACCGAGUUCUCCUCAGAUUCCACUGUGACAAAGGCGCUCUCGAUGAUGAAUAUGGAAACCAAGGAGAGUGUGGCACUAGACUGUAUUCUUUCUCAGGGGAACAUUUUUGAUUUGGACGGCAACUCCUUUGUGCUUUCUCCAGGUGAGGUGCGCCAUCUCAACAUUAGUUUUAUUCCGUUUGAGGUGGGAGAGUUCACGAGCGAACUCCGAAUUACUCUCAACGGUAGUUACUCUUUCUUCAUCUUACUUAGAGGGGAGGGCGUUAUUCCACGUAUUGAGGUUCCUGUUCGUUUCUUAAAGUUGGGUGUCGCCCGCAUUGGGGAAAGACGCGUGGCUGAGAUGCGAUUAGAUUGUCGAAGUCGCGCCGUAACGCCUGUCUCCCUGGUCGGCUGCGUGGAUGCAGAUCUGCAACAAAAGGGCGUCUCGAUUAGUCCCGCUGAACUCUUUCUCAUGCGACCCCGUGAGAUUCGGACGAUUACGGUUUCAUUUAAACCGACUGCCCGUAUCCCGGAGUUUCAGCGGGAGCUGCGCAUGAUUGUCUGUGGACGUGAGAUGCCACUUGCCAUCAUAUCGGCCUCUUGCGAAGACGCGGAGGUUUACUUGGACAUUAAAAAUAUACUCUUUGAUGAUGUUGUGGUGGGUGCCACUGCGUCUCGCCGCAUUGUCAUUAUGAACAGUGGUGACCUUACCCAACGCUUCAAGUGGGAUUUGUUGCUUUUGCCUCAGGGUGAAAUGCGGGUCAUCCCGUCCGCCGGUUCAGUGCAUGCCCACGCGGAACAGGUGUGUGAGUUUGUGUAUACCCCAAAGAAGCCAGGGAACGUCUUUCGACGCGCUGUGUCUGUAGAAUUUGAUGACGCUCCGGCCUUGUCUGUUAACGUGGAGGCACACGCGGUGGAACGACCCAAAGUGGAAUCUGUGUUGUCAUUUGAGUGCUGUGCACAAGCCACCACAACAAAGAAGGUGUCUGUAAACAAUCCCACGGAUACCGUGUGGACGGUUAAACCCAUUAUUGAAGGCCGGUUGUGGACGGCACCAAGGUCGUUGCAAAUAGGCCCAAGGAGUAGUGCCCUGUUGUCUGUGACGUAUGCACCACUGUUUGUUACCAAGGAGAAGGAUAUCGCCACCCUUUUCAUCCCACUUCCCAACGGAUCUGCCCAACACAUUCAAUUGGAGGGUGUGGCGUUACAUCCGGUGGAGGAAGCCAGUGUCACAGAAAAGACAAUAGAAGCGAAUACCCCACAUCGUGAGUCCUUUGAGAUACAUAACGGCACAGCUCAGCCUCUACGCUUUCACGUCAGUGUCCAGUGGAGCCCAGAACCGGAGAAGGGCAUGGUAACUGUCAAGGCACCAGUGAGUAUUGAUGUGCCCGCAAAAAAUAUCAAAUCGUGCCCCAUUAUAUUUUCUUCACUAAAGGAGGGUAAUCUCCGCGGGACUGCGCAAUUUCGCUGCAUUGAGCGUGAGGAUUAUACCCAGGUGUUUGAUGUUGCGCUGCGUGUUGUACCAAAGACGGUGUCUUCAAUAUCACAACUUGUGGCAACCGUACGCAACGCUGCCACUUACCUUAUGUCCAUUAGAAAUCCCUUAGAGAAGAAUGUUACUGUUAGUACGCGCGUGGAGAAUGGCAACGAUGCUAUUUUUGUUGAUUCCUCCAUCACGAUUCCACGUGAAAGUACUGCGGAUAUUCCUAUCCGGUUCUUCCCUCUCUUACAUAAGGAGUAUCCACCGGCGACUGUGACCGCGACAAGCGCGGAGCUUGGCACCAUAUCCUGUAAACUUCAGCUUCGCUCAAAUCCACCUGGGCCAGAGGAGGUUACACGAGUCACAUGCCCUCUCGGACAGACGGUUGUGUUUCCACUUCGAUUCAAGCAUUACUAUAAAAGCAACUGCGACUUUGUCGUCCGCAUAGGGUCCAAGGUGAGUCCCUUCUCAAAGGCUGGGAGCGCUAGCAAUGUCAAAGCGCCCGGAACAACCCGGCCGGAGGGGCAAGAGGUGAUGGUGGAGAUUCAGUAUGAGCCUACGACGGUUGGUGAGACAAAGGAAUUCAUUGAGGUUUUUUCGCCUCAAGCUGGUCUUUAUAUAUUUCCUGUUCUGGCGUCGUGUUUGCCACCGCAGCGCCAAGGGCCAUACCUUAUGCGGCCGGGACAGACAACAUCCAUUCCGUUCCGUAACGUUUUUGCGGAACCCAUCACAGUCACGCUAUUGACAGACUCAUCCAGUUUUGUGGUGUCCAAGAAUACAGAGAACGUGGCGGCAAAGAAAACAAUUAACAUUCAGGUGAUGCACAGAGCAGAGGAGGGUGGUCAGGGCCCGCAGACGGGCAAACUUACCGUCUCUGGCGUGUAUAAUGGAGAGACGUUUCAGUGGGUGUACUACUUAAAGUUGGCUGUGUCGGGCGCGAUAUCCACCCCUUCAGUAUCACCCGUCAGAAAGGGGGAGUAG